AUGGCGCCAUUCCGGUAUGACAUGCGGAAUGUUUCCGCAGCCAUCAUUGCAAUAGAGUCGGAAGAGCCGAAUACCAACCCAAGCCAAGAGCUCUCUGCAAUCUACCGCCGGUUGAUCGAACUUGAUCCGACCUUUGAGAAGAUUGUCAACCACCACCCAGAGCUGAGCCUAGAAGACUGGAAAGCAUACAAGAAUGCAAAACCAGACGCACUCGGACCCUACUCGGACUUUGUCGAACAGGGAUUCGCCCUUCGAGCACAUGUUCACAGCAUUCUCAAACCCACGGACAGCAGGCUUCUGAAAUUGCCUUUUGAGCUCUUAGACCAGAUCGCCUCUCAUGUUGACACCGUCUCCGCCCAAGAGAGCGACUUCACCUGGUCACAACCUCACAAGAGGCGCAAAGUAGACAUCGAUGCCCUCAAGUCACUUCGCCUGACUUGCCGACAUCUAUGCGAAGUGGCGUCACCUUACCUGGUUCCUACCGUCACGGUACACGUAACCCAAAAAUCUCUCGAUCGAUUGAAUGCGAUUUCUCGCCAUACGAGCAUUGGACGCGGUGUGCGCUGCAUCCGCAUACCGCUGGGCUUUUACGAUGGCCUCGCCGCAUACGCACAGUCAAACUUCAUUCUCAUGGCGAAGCAACGGCUUGAAGACUUAUUUGAGCGGGACCUUUGGCAUGGAAUGACACACAGAGACUUGCUAUCUGACGGAGCAAAGGAAAAGCUUCAGUCCAUCUUUCAACUCUUGGACAGGUUCAUCAACAGUCAACCGUGGGAUCAGGAGCUUUCAGAUCAAUUCCAUGAAGGUCUUUUCGGAAAAGCGUACGACAAAUACGCGCGCCUCGAGGCUGAGCAGAAGCAUCUCCACGACGACAGGUGGCACAGUUAUUCGGAUACAGUGUCAUUCGCAAUGAAGCGGAUGCCGAACGCGACGAGACUGGAGAUGAGCGACACAUUCGAACCUCGGUGGACGCCGCCCGAGGGUGACGCCCUCGUCAACGACGACGAAUUAUACCAAUUUCUCAUCACUCCCUACCGAUGGGAACACGCAGCGACCGGAGUUGAUGAACUUGAAGACGACCUCAUCAGCGCCCGACGUCCGUUGGGGUUCAUCCCCGGAGUCCUAGGUGCCAUCAACGUCAGCCUGACGCGCUUCGCCGUGCGAGUCACUCCGAUGCAUGUUUGGACCGCGUUCGAUACAGUGACGGACGAGAUGACCAUGGACCAGUACGCCAGGGUCAUUCAGCGCCUCAGGUGCCUCGACUUCACAAGCAAAUACAUUCUCAGCGACGGCACGCACCGAAGGCCUCAGGCCACCUGGCCCAAGUUCGAUGACCCGGCCGAUUUUGAAGGCUGCGGCAAGUUCUUAAGCGUUCUUACCAUGACAGACAGCAUUGAGCGCAUCUCGAUCGACUUGGAAGAGUUCAAGCGAGACGCGGACACCGUCGAGAUAGGUGCACAAGAGCCGUGGCAUCUCAACUGGCUUAUCCAAACACAUCCUUGGCCGAACCUUCACAGGCUCACCCUGUCAAAUGUGCGUCUCAGCUCGCACGAUUUGGGCGUUCUUCUUGGGGUGAGAGAAAUAGAGCUCAGCCUCGGCUCUGUCGAGAUGGUUCAGGGCACGUGGGAGGAGACACUUGACAUGUUGCGGCGCAAGACCAACCCGAAGCAGCGGGGAGAGCAGGGUCUCGCGCCGCUCAGAAUCAUGGCUUUGACAGGUCUGUCUGGGGCCGAGUGCAAUGAGAUGGGCGAGGAUGAGUGCCGAGUCUUGGGCAUUGCGGCUCAAGGCUAUGUGUGGCACCUUCAAGAGAAUAACCCUUUUCGGUGGCGCCCAGAAGAAUGA